GGUUUGCCAUUGAAGGCCCCUCCCAGGCGAAGAUCGAGUAUGACGACCAGAAUGAUGGAUCAUGUGAUGUUAAAUACUGGCCCAAGGAGCCCGGCGAAUACGCCGUCCACAUCAUGUGUGACGAUGAAGACAUCAGGGACAGCCCAUACAUGGCCUUCAUCCACCCGGCUACAGGAGACUACAACCCAGAUCUGGUCCAAGCAUAUGGGCCAGGUUUGGAGAAAUCUGGGUGCAUUGUCAACAUCCCAGCCGAAUUCACCGUGGAUCCUAAGGAUGCUGGAAAAGCUCCCUUAAAGAUAUUUGCUCAGGAUGGGGAAGGUCAGCCCAUUGACAUCCAGAUGAAGAGCCGGAUGGAUGGCACGUACUCCUGCUCAUACACCCCAGUUAAAGCCAUCAAGCACACCAUUGCUGUGGUCUGGGGAGGUGUGAACAUCCCACACAGCCCCUACAGGGUCAACAUUGGGCAAGGUAGCCAUCCCCAGAAGGUCAAAGUGUUUGGUCCAGGUGUGGAGAGAAGUGGUCUGAAAGCAAAUGAGCCUACUCACUUCACAGUGGACUGUACCGAGGCUGGGGAAGGUGACGUCAGCGUUGGCAUUAAGUGUGAUGCCCGGGUGUUAAGUGAGGAUGAGGAAGAUGUGGAUUUUGACAUUAUUCACAACGCCAACGACACGUUUACAGUCAAAUAUGUGCCUCCUGCCGCCGGGCGAUACACUAUCAAAGUUCUCUUUGCAUCUCAG